AUGAAUCAAUUUGAAGAUGUUAUUUACCCAAACGAAAUUUCUCAUGUUACAACCAAUGUAGAUUAUAUAGAAGAAGAUAAAAAUAAUGAAAAUAACGAAAAUUAUUUAAAUUUAGUUCAAAUUUUAAGAGAAUUAGUUGAUAAUAAUUUAAAAGAAGAAAUAGAAUUUAAAUCAAUGGUAGGAGGUGUUACAAAUACAUUAUAUAAAUCAUCAUUUAUUACAGGACAAGGUAAUAAUAAAAGUGUAAUUAUUAGGCUAUAUGGAAAAGGAUCAGAUCAAUUUAUUGAUAGAAAAACUGAAGCAAAUAUUCAAUAUUUAUUAAGCAAAAAUGGAGUUGGUCCAAAAUUUUAUGGUACAUUUGAAAAUGGAUGCAUUUAUGGAUAUGUCGAAGGUGAUCAAUUACAAUUAGAAGAUUUGUACAAUAGAAAUAUAUUAAAGCUAAUUUCACAAGAGACCGGCAAAUGGCACACACUUGAAUUAGAUUUACCAAGUAGAAAAGAAAAUAUAGCAUCAAAUACUUCAUUAUUUUCAAAUAUUAACUUAUGGAUGGAAAAUGCAAUUCAAUUAGUAAAAUCAGCACCAACCAGCUCACCAAUUUCAGAGAUCAAUAUAGAGCACUAUAGAGACGAAGCCUUGUAUUUAAUGGGGUUCCUCGAAAAACACUAUGGCGGUGAUAAUUUGAAUAAGCACGUAAACUUUUGCCACAAUGACCUUAUCCCAAGAAAUAUGAUUUACGAUCAAGAGAAAAACCAAGUUAAAUUCAUCGAUUUCGAAUAUUCUGGUUACAAUUUUAGAGGCUACGAUAUUGGAAAUUUCUUUUGUGAAUUCUCCGGUCUAGAUUUAGAUUACACCAAAUAUCCAAGUAUUGAAAUUCAAAAAAGAUUUAUCAAGGAUUAUUUAAUUUCUGUAAAUAGUUUUAAACAAAAUAAAUUAAAUAAUAAUAGUAAAUCAAAUGUUUAUGAACCAACUGAAAAAGAAAUUCAUAGUCUCUAUAUUGAAGCAAAUCACUUUUCUUUAGGUUCUCAUUUGAUGUGGGCUUUUUGGUCUAUAAUUCAAUUUUUCAACUCCUCAAUCGAUUUCGAUUAUUUAGAUUACACAAAAAAACGUUUUGCGCAAUAUACUUUAGUAAAAGAAAAAGUUUUGCUUUUAAAAUAA